UCUCUUGUGCAACCCUCGUCGCCUGAACACGCUUGUCUGUGUGCAAUACUGUGGAUUACACAGGGAAGCGGGAGGCCUCCGGUCAGGCAGAAGGGCCUGUAGAGUGGUAAGACUUAGGGGCUUUAGACAAGCCAACAGCAGUCAGGAAAUCAUGAAAUCAGCAGAGCAGGGGGACAAUGACAUGGAGAUUAGAGAUCAGUUAACCCCCUCCUUUGCGUAGCUGGCCUCUUUGCUCACUCACCAUGACUUCCUGCUUUUUACAAAGGCGCGUGCACACGCUAUGACACUCUGAAAAACAACUUUUUGUAGUACUCGAAUGCAACCACUCUCACACUUUCCCUCUCAAACACACUAUGUGCCGGGCAGCGGUUGUGUACUUCUGGCUAUCUCAAGAUCUGUAACAUCAUGAGUAUUCUCAAGGCUGCGGCCACUCCCUCCCACAGGUAACGGGAGCAGCCAAGUAUCCGACAGGACUUGCGUUGACACUCGUGACUAAAGAACCAAACCACAUCGCAAUCUGGAUGAUAUCAUCUGACGGCUGGCAACCAACCUCGAACGGGAUGAGUGUAAAGUGAAGUCACAAGUACCCUUUUUUUUUUUUUUAAAACACCUUUACCUGGAGGCUUUGAAACGCUCGGACUCUGACCUCACAUGGUUUAUCUCUCAUGACGUCAAAGACUUUCAACUGCAACACCUGGAGAGUUCCACAGUGAAAAUGGAAAUUGGCACAGGGGAGCAGUAGGGAAGAAAAGAUGAAAGCUGAAACGGAUUAAAAAAACAAAAAGAUGGCAGUGGUUUACCAUUUAAAUGUUCAAUGUUGAACAAAGACGGACAUACAAAAGGGUUGGAGGACUUCUGAGAUCACCUCAAUCAGGCAUAUAAAACAUUUACUUCUUCAUUAAAGACAGUCAAGAUGCCACUUAGAGCAUCCUUACACAGAAAGCCAACCUCUGGUCGUUGGUCAAGCAGACACUCAAAGCGCAGAGAGGUUCUCUCCGUCAACAUGAUCAGUCUACCCUUGGCUGAUUUCCGCCAUAUUUCACAUAUUGGAAAUGACGCCCACAGGGACAGCUUUGGAGACCUAUCCUUCCUAAAAAUGGGCCACAAUCUCCUUCUACAAAGCUCCCAAAGUGAGCAAAAUCUCUUCUUGGCCUGCUCUCCCCCACCAAAGCCCCCUCGUCUGAAUAUAGAGGCAGAGGGAUCAGAGAGCCCGGACUGGUCUGUGGGCCACCAGGACAACAUCGGCCAGAAAAGGAAGAAAUGCAGCUCGAUGCCACUGCUGGACAGCGAAGUUGGUGAGGAAGGAAAGUUUGAAAUGGAGGACGGAAGCCAAAAAGGAAAGAACAUUGCAACCACUCAGUCCUACAGUGCUGGAUGGGACAACCUGAGUUCAGACAUGGAUGGAGACGCCACCGUGACCGCUGACAAAAUUGAAGGGCAACAGAAAGAGGAGGACAAUGGCUUUUCCUUUAGCCUCGACCUGGGUCCUUCCAUCUUGGAUGAUGUUUUGCAGGUGAUGGACAAACUACAACAAUGAAUACAAUGGAUAGCAGUACAAGGACAAAAUAUACUCUGAAACCCUAGCCCAACCAUACCAUAAAGCAUUUCAAUCAGCAAUUAUCUCUGUUCACAUGUCAACAGAUGUCACUAUUGAGUACAGCAGAUUUGUGGAUCCAAUGGAAUUUUGCUUGAUAUUUCCCUAUCUGACAUUAUUGAUUGAAUGUUCCUGUACUUUCUUUUAUUGUACUUCUAUUGUUAUUCCCCCAAACCACACUGUACAAUACUUGACGGCUGUUAAGGCUUAAGUAGCAUAGCGUUUAAGAAAUGAAAAGUUGCGGGUGGAGUCCAAGGUCCUCGAGCUGUGAUAUCUUGGCUCUUGGCCUGCUUGCCAAUCUGUUGUGUGCAGAGGGCAAUUUCUCCUCCGCACGCAUCUCAGAGGCCCCACUUAAAAGUACACCAAGGUACCCCCCAUCUCUCAUUCCUAACAAUGUAGUGAAAACAAACACUAAGCUCUGCUUCCAAUAAAAGCCAGUGGUGGCAGGUUUCCCUGUAGACCAAGCCAGGCCACAGGUCCAAGACCAUAGAAGAGGGGGGAGAAAAUAGAGUGCUGGCUGUUUUCUUAGCUGCAAAGUCCAAUGUAUUGGUGAAUGGCACACGAGAAGGAAAGUGGUAAAUGGUAAAGUGAUACUUCCACAUAUGCAGGGGGUGUCGAGGGAAGUGGACCAGAGAUAUCAUUUACAACUGCAAAAUCUUGAUGAGGAUUUAAACACAACCUUCUGACCAAACAAACCAAUAUGUGAAAAAUAUAUGAUUAUAGAUCACACUAUACACACACACUGUUGCCCACAUGCGAAGGGAAGAGCACAAAUGGAAUGAAGAAGAGAAGAUAGAGCCCCAGUCAGUUUCUUAGCAUACAGUUCCAAGGAAAGCUGUGGGGUAAAACCACAAUAAGCCACAUACCAAAGUGCCACACGGGUCAUUUACGAACCACAAGUGUCCUGCUGCUAGGAAAAAGACUUAGAAUUGUAUGCAUGUCCAACAGAAACAGUAGUGUUGUGGGCGAGUCUGCACUGUAUCGGUUUGGAUCACUCCUGAGUUAAACUGGGUAUCAUUGUUCCUGAUUCUUUUAUUCUAAGUGAGAAAAACAGAUUGUGAAACAUUUUUUGUUAAAAAAUGUACUGUUUUGUAUUUUGGAGCAGUAAAAAAAUGCAUAUUUCAAA